AUGAACUUCCCCAACCCACUCGGCGGGGCCCUGGGCGGCUCCCCUCCCGCUCCCACGCCAGGCAGUCCCCAGGAUCCGAAUGUCAAAGCUAUCCAAGCAGCCAUGGAAUCCUGCAUGGGCAAAGCCGUCAUGUCGGGCGUCAUGGGAUUCGGCAUGGGCGGUCUCUUUGGGCUAUUCAUGGCAUCCAUGAGCUACGAUACACCCUUUGGCUCCCCCGUCCCCGGCGCAAAUCAGACCCCCGUCUCCAGCCUCCCCCUCCGUCAGCAGCUCAAGGUCGGCUUCAAGGACAUGGGCCAGCGGUCAUACUCGACCGCCCGCAAUUUCGGAAAGGUCGGAGCCCUGUUCUCCGGUAUCGAGUGCGGCAUAGAAGGCAUGCGCGCUAAGAAUGACAUCGGAAACGGCGUCGCCGCCGGUUGCCUGACCGGCGGUAUCCUCGCCAGGAAUGCCGGGCCCCAGGCUGCCGCCGGCGGCUGUGUCGCUUUUGCCGCCUUCAGUGCUGCCAUCGAUGCGUACAUGAGGCAGCCGCCUGAUGAGUGA